AUGGAGGCGCACCGUGGACCGCGUGGACCUCUAACUUGGAUGCUCCCCGAGGAAGUCAUCACGCACAAUGUGCCGGGAGACGUGUGGGUGACAGUCCUUGGUCGUGUGCUGGACGUCAGUGACUUGGCGGACCCUCUGGGGACGCUGGCCUCCCGCGUCCUUGUCGCUUUCGCUGGCAAGGACAUGAGUCACUACUUCGACCCAGAUACGCUGGAUACAUUCAGCAGCGUGCUGCUCCUGCAGGUGUGCUCGGAGGACUCGGUGGGCCGCGUGCUGCAGCGCUACCAGGUGUUCAACAGCGGGGCCGCGGACCGGUACUCGUGCGUGUCGGAGGACGGGGAGGGCGUGGUGGGCCUGGACCCGACGAGGACCCUGGAUGAGAACGGCGUCGUGGACGAGAGGGACUUGUACAUCCAGCUGGGGUUGCCGGAGGACUUCUACGUCCCCGCGCUGCAGCUCAUCCUCCGCCACGAUGACGAUGACGGCCCUUCGAACUGGGAAUCUCCAGCGGCGCACUGAGCUCCUCGGCUGUCGUAGAGUCCUAGAGGACUCUAGGCUGUCGCGCCUAGGGCCGCACAAACACAAUGAGCCGUCGCGGCGUGUCGUCGCCGUCCGUUAUUACCUGGAGGGACGAAUCCUCGUGGGAACCAGACCGGUCGCCUCGCGCGCGCCACCCACAUCCACCACCCGGCCCCGGCCUCCAAGCCUGCUCUGCGCCGCUGGGCGGGAACUGGCGAGGUGGCCGACGGGACACCCUGGGCUUGCGGGGUAUGGCGUGCAUGUCCCCGUCAGCGCCAGCUCGUGACACUCGACCCGCGGGCCUGGCUGGACCACGGGGAGGCCAAUGCCGACGGCGUGCCCCGCCCUCGCCUGGCCGCCAUAGACAAGGGCGCCCCCUCCCCCCCCCCUCCAAACCAAGCGCGUUGCUUUGUGCAACGUGCAAGGCAGACGAACACAUCUUUACGGAUCGGAGUUCCUGUGACCUCCGCAACCAAGGUUGCGCACCAUGCGUCGCCAGCGUAGAAUGCAAACAGACGAUAUGGAGAAGGACCGUCGUCGGGCUGAACUCUCCCCACCACCCCUAGUUACACAAUAAUCUAUGUGCCCUCGAUAAGGGCUGGCCUCCAAGGUCACCACUUCCUCGCGACUGGAGAGGCGCCCAGCCCCGGCGCAGCCACGCCCCGCGCCAGGACCAGGACCUGCAUGUUGGCCGCGCCGGCACGCGCGGCGGGUGUGACACGGGAGGUCGGCGGCGCCGAGGAGGCUGCUACAGCAGCGCGAGGUGCGGGAGCAGAGGGCCUCGUCGCGGCCGUGAAGGUCCGCGUCAAACACGCAGAGGAAUGUCCCCUGGACAGCUCAUCCGUGUGCCUGCUUGUCAGCGAGACGGCGUGGGACUUCCCUCUGCGCCGCCGCCCGCGCUCGCCCGCGCCCUGCAGGAUGCCCCGCCCUCCGCGUGUUUGCCGAGUGUGUUUACUCGAGUUGGAGGCCCCGAUCAGCGAUACACACGAGCCGCAGGGGGGAUAAGGACAGAAGGUUUAUGCAAUGUUUUAACUGGACGAUGACGUGUCUGCGCGCGUCACCGUCACUUCCGGUGAGCGAGCGAGCACAGACUAUUUCACGUGGGUCUCUAAGAAGUGUAAAUUCUGUUGUUCCCCUCUAGCACACAUUCGGGGGAAGCAUUGACCCAUACCCGUCCUGUUUGACCGGCGGUGUCGCGGGUUUUGUGCCCCGCUCCUCACGCUGCUGCUGUGCUGCCAUUUCAUUAUCAAGAGCAGAGUGAGCGGGUCUUUUGAUUUCUUCGGUCAGCUGAAGGCUGAAGGGGUCAUCUUUUUAGGGGCUCCAGCACCCACAGGAAACCCGGCAAAACCCGGGGGUUGACCUGCAGGGGGGCAGGGGAAGCGGGCAGCUCCAGACCCUCUGAGGCACCAGG